GAUUGGUGUAGGAGAGGAGAGAGGAAGGAGAGCCUGUUUGUUGGAAGAGGAGACUGUUGUUGAGAGAGAGAUUCUUCGGCCGUCUGUUGGGAAGACGAAAGCUCUCUCUUCGAAUUGCAGAGCUAAAACCGAUUCCACUCCGCCGCGAUCGCCGCCGUGCGCCUCAGCUACCGAUAAUUUUGCUGCCGGAUACAGCUCUCAUGUAGCGUUGAGAGGAACGCUUGAUCUGUAGAGUGGCGGCGUGAAAGUAUGAAGUAGAGUAACUUCAUAUGUGAGAAGGGACAAGCGAUACAUCCAUUACUCAGCGCAAACAUGUUCUCCUUGUUCUAUGGCCUUUUUAAGUACGUGUUCAGUAAGACGGAGUUUCAUGUGCUCAUUCUUGGGAUCGACAAGGCCGGGAAAACAACCUUGCUAGAAAAGUUGAAGACAGUGUACUCGAAUUCUGAAGGCCUCCCCCAUGAUAGAAUUGUGCCAACCGUUGGACUCAAUAUUGGUCGUCUUGAAGUGUCGAAUUCCAAGCUUGUGUUCUGGGACCUUGGAGGGCAGAUUGGACUUCGCUCAAUUUGGGAGAAAUAUUAUGAAGAAGCACAUGCUGUAGUGUAUGUAAUUGAUGCUGCUUGCCCUUCUCGUUUUGAAGAUGCAAAAUCUGCUUUAGAGAAAGUGCUUAGGCAUGAUGACCUGCGAGGUGCCCCUCUUCUGGUGUUGGCAAACAAACAGGACCUUCCAGAUGCUGUAACAGCUGAAGAACUGGGAAGAUAUCUAGACCUGAAGAAACUGGACGAAAGGGUUUACAUGUUCGAAGCUGUUUCAGCAUAUGAUGGGUUGGGUAUCAAAGGAAGUCUAGAAUGGCUAGUCGGGGCAAUGGAACGGAGCAAGAGAACUGAAACAUUGAGACUGCGUGCAGGGAUGGCUGGUCCUGGUGUCUAGCAAUACAAUCAAUUUUGGAAUCAGGAUGAGGAACCUUCCACCACCUGGGCUUUUCAGUAGCUUCUGUAAAUAUACUACAGAGGGUUACGCAGCAUCCUACUCGCGACUUGUGUACUAAUUCUGCCAUACGAGGCAUAUUCUUUCACCCUCCUCUUCUCUACUGCGGAGGAGCAAGUUAGUUAUAGGGGAGGAAAUAUGAUUACAUGAUCUACUCGUAAAAAAUAUGCGUAAUGAAUUGAUGAUCAUUUGUUCGUGAAUCAUGAUGUAAGCUUUUUUGGCCUGGUGAGUUCAUAGUUUACUUUAUUCAUUAGAGAUGCAGUGUUGAAGAAAGUUCAGAACUUUUCUGCCCUAUCCAUGCU